AUGCCCGUGUCAUUGGAGAAGGGCAGCCAAUUGUCGUCAACCAACAGCAUUGGCACUGCAAUGAGUUCCGGGUCUAGUCUCAUCCAACAACAAAACAUUCGCGACGUUGAGGUUGGUAAGUCCCAGUUUUCCUUCCAAUAUCCAAAAGUCUGGACCUCAGGAGAGCAGGGCCGCAUGACCACGUCAAGGUACAAGCCAAGAGCUGAAGCCUCCCGGUAA